CCUCCGCGCCGCCAGCGCCGUCACGCCCUCCGCGAUGCCCCACCUCCGCUCACGCGCCAAGGCGUCCCCGCCGUCACCGCCGGCGCCGGCCGGCGUCCCGCAGGGCACCCCCGCGCCGUCCCCGUCCACGUCCCUCCGCCUCGGCCUCGGCCCCGCGUCCCCCGACGACGACGGCUUCGACACCAAGUCCCCGGCCGCGGCGCCGCCCCGCCGCAGCCUGCGCCUCGCGGGCGCCGCCGCCACCCCGGCGACCCCCGCCGCGCCGGACGGCGGUUCCUCCGGCUCCGGGCCCGGGUCCGGCGGGGGCGUCAAGAGGACGGGGAGGCCCCGCGCCCGCACCUCCGCCUCCGCCUCCUCCCCUGCCGCCGCCUCGCCGACGUCCGGGAACUUCGGGAGCGACGGCGGCGGCCUGUCGGCGGGCGGCUCCGGCUCCGGCGGCGCAGGGCCGUUCCUGAGCCUGCGGUCGGGGACCCGGAUCGCGAAGCGGCCGGUGGAGGCCGGCGGGGAGGCGGGGCCCGGGCCGUCAGGCGGAGGCCAGGUGCGCGACGAAAUGCCGCCCCGGGGCGCGGGCACGCCGACGAAGCGGCGGAGGAGCGUGCUGAUCGGGGGAGUGGAGACGGAGUACGUGGCCGAUUCGGAGAGCGGCUCCGACGAGGAUUGCCAGAUGCUGGGGCAGAGUGGCGCGAGGGUGCCGGGCGCGCAGGGAAACACGGCUCAAAGUGGGGUGGAACCUAGUGCUGUUGCUAUGAUCAUGGAUGGGACUGAAAAUGGCGCGGGCACGCCGACGAAGCGGCGGAGGAGCGUGCUGGUGGGGGGAGUGGAGACGGAGUACGUGGCCGAUUCGGAGAGCGGCUCCGAUGGGGAUUGCGCGAUGCUGGGGCAGAGUGGCGUGAGGAUGCCGGGGGCGCAGGUAAACACUGGUCAAAGUGGGGUGGAACUGAAUGCUGUUGCUAUGAGCAUUGAUGGGACUGAAGAUGGCACGAGGGAUGGUCCUGCCAAGGCAGGCAAUGGGGAGUCUGGUGGGGUGAUUGAUGAGCAGUUAGUGUAUCCUGCGGGAAGUCCUUCGAGUCCUGAAGCAGAUAUAAUUGUGGAUAUGUAUUUCAAGAAAGAGUUGCGCCAAUACAAGCUUAGAAAGGAAGGCAAAGCGAAAGAGAAGCUAGUUUUGGGGAACAACCAUUCUCGUGGUGUGGAUAGUGGAUAUGUAUCCACUUCCCUCAAAUUAAGUACUGAUAGUAAAGGAAAGGGAAAGAUGGUUGUAGAAGAUAGUUUGUCAUCUCUGAGCUCAAGUGAGGAUGAGUCGGAUUCGAAACCAGUGGAUUCUAAAGAGAUUCAGAGUGAGCAUGACCCAGAUUCGGAACCAGUGGAUGCUAAAGAGGUUCAGAGCAACUCAGGAUCAGUUUCUGCUUAUAAGGAGCCACUUCGCAGGCAAGCAGCAAGAGAGCAAGCUAUCAAGCUGGCCCCUAAGUUUGCAUUCUUCAAACCAGAUAAAGAUGAACCUAGUGAAGAUGAAGAGGAAGAAGAGUUAGAGCCUAGUUCUGACCCUCAGGACUGGCCAGGCCCAUUUGCAACUGCUGCCAGGAUAUAUGAAGAGAGAGAAGCUAAGUUGAGAGCUCGAGAAUCGAAUUCUUCGAAGGUCAACAAGGUUGCUAAUAAGGCCAUCAUUUGGUCUCCUUCAAAGGGGCAGAAAAUUCCAGUACGAGCUCGGGCCGCCCCAUCACUUACAAGCUUAUGCAUAAAUACUCUUGUAGAACAUUCUGAACGCAUUGAAUCACUUGGAGAUAUCCCAGAGGAGCUAAAGCAUAAGCUGUUAAAGAUUCUGUGUCAUUCUAGGAAGAUGAAUAUCCAUCUUCUCAAUGAACUAAUGUGUGAUAGUCCUGCAGAACUGCAUCUGAGUGAGUGUUCAUGGCUGAGUGAUGACGACUUUGAGAAAACUUUUGGGAAAUGCAAGACAGAUAGCCUGCAGGGUUUACAGCUUGAUAUAUCUGGAAGGUGCAUGCCUGAUUACAUAUUGCCAACAACCUUAGCCAAGGCUCCUAACUACAUGCCAUUGUUGAGAAAAAUAUCUCUGAAGGGAAAUUACCGUCUCUCUGACAAGGGUUUAGAAACAAUCAUCUCCGCUGCACCUUCUCUGAGCUCACUAAAUUUGUGCGAGUGCUCUCUUCUCACUUCAUCUGGAAUUGUUAUUCUUGCUGACAAGUUACAUUCGGUACUUAGAGAACUGUAUAUAGAUGACUGCACAAACGUGGAUGCUAUGAUGAUUCUCCCCGCACUACAGAAGAUCAAUCAUCUAGAGGCUUUGUCAAUGUCUGGAAUACAAUCUGUGUGUGACAAGUUCGUGAAUGAGCUCCUUGCUGUACAUGGUUCGAAUAUGAAGGAGCUAGCAUUUGCUGGUUGCUCGAAACUUACCUCAUCUUCCAUCAAGGCUAUUGGGCGGAAUUGUCCACAACUAACUUCCUUAGAUCUCCGCAACUUGAAUAGGUUGCGUGACUCAGCAAUGAGGCAUCUUCGCUAUGGUUGUAGGCUAAUAAGGAAACUGAAGCUUCAAAGAAACACAUUCAGUGAUGAAGCAGUUUCUCGAUAUUUGGAAGAAUCUGGAGGAUGCCUAACUGAGUUAAUGCUUAACAAUAUUGAGAAGGUUGGAGACCUUACUGCUCUUGCAAUUUCUCGCAAUUGCUCUGUUCGGCUGGAGGCUCUGGAUCUUUCCUUCUGCCGUGAACUGACCAAUGAAGCUUUGGGUUUGAUUGUCGACAGCUGCCCAUCGUUGAGGGUUCUGAAGCUAUUUGGUUGUACCCAGAUCACGGAUUUGUUCCUUAAGGGUCACUCAAAUACAUUCGUUAAAAUCAUCGGGAUAGAAGGGAGCAUACUGGAGCAAAUGGACCACCGUUAGUUUGUGCUGAAAAUGACGCUUCAUUCCCCUUACCAUUCUGUUAUCUAGCUUAGGAAUUGAGACAUCAAGGGCCUGGAGGUGGCUGCAGUUUCCAGUGAGGAAUAUUUUGCCAACCGACCCUGCUGAAACCAGUUAGAUGCCCUUAAGAAACUAUCUGGAAAUGCUUGUUUUUCUUCUUUAGCUUUAAACAGUGAAAAAAAUCUGCUGCUGCAUUAUGCAGACCAUAAAAAGGGAAUUUUCAUGUUAGGUGGUUAUGGAUGGAUAUUCAGAUCCUUUUCAUUUUAUAAGUGAGUGGUUAUGAACGGAUCAA